ACAAAUAACCGAUAGGUUUUACGACACCGCUUCUUCAAUUGCGCGUCUGUAUUUCAGCACCCAACGGUGCUUACCGGUUUCUUUGUUCCUGAACAUUCGUAAUUCGUAGUUUUCGAUAUUUCUCUGCGUUUGGAGUAUUUAUUGAGCUGUUGCGGUUACGAAUAAUUGCAAAAAAUGAGCGAGACUCUGCCUUUUAGCGUUGAAUACGCAAAAAGUGGAAGGGCACGCUGUCAAGGCUGCAAAAAUCCUAUUGAUAAUGCGUCUCUGAGAAUCGCCAAAGUCGUUCAGAGUCCGUUUCAUGAUGGCACUAUUGUCAAGUGGUUCCACCCAGAUUGUUUCUUCACAAAACAACGGCCCAAAUCUACCGCUGAUAUAUCUAAUUUUGAUAGUAUUCGCUGGGAAGACCAACAGAUGAUACAAAAAAAAAUUGAGGAAACGUGUGGAGUCGCUGUUCCUACAAAAGGAAAGGGGAAGAAACGAGGCGCAACGUCAAAUGCUUACAAGGAUUACACAGUGGAGUACGCAAAGUCAAACCGUUCCACAUGUGUGGGUUGUGAAGCUCCAAUAAUCAAAGGAUCAGUGCGAAUAUCGAAGAAAGAUUUUGAGAGUGAAAAAGGAGUAAUGCUGAAUGGAAUAGACAGAUGGCAUCAUCUGGACUGCUUUGCCAAGCUCCGGAAUGACUUGUGUUUCUAUGAUUCGGGAGACAUGCUGCCUGGAGCGAAUAGUUUGAAAGAGGAAGAUCUGAAGUUAGUGAAAACGACGCUACCUAAAAUGAAAGCAGCGGAUCUGCCACCACCACCAAAGAAAGUAAAGUCUGAGCCAAUGGACGAAGCAGAGGAGAAAGAGAUGAAGAAGCAAAAUGAGAUGUUUUUCAAAAUGCGUGACCAGUUGAACACCCUGUCAAGAAAAGAUCUUGUGAGUUUGUUGGAAAAAAACAAUCAAAAUGUUCCAGAAAGCCAAAACGACAAACUCGACAACCUUGCAGACCUCAUGGUUUUUGGAGUUCCAAAACCUUGUAAAAAAUGUACCGGACAAUUUGUUUAUGUUUCCGGGUUGGGUUACAAGUGUACAGGAAAUUUGACGGAGUGGACCAAAUGUGAAGAAGUAACGCAAGAUCCCAAGAGGAUUAAAUUCAGUGUGCCCAAACAUUUGAAAGAAGAAAUUCCAUUUUUAGGCUCCUACAAGCCCAAAAUACAAAGAAGAAUAGUCAAGGUCACAGCUCCAUCAACUUCAAGCGCGGUGAAAAAAGAGGAAGAAUAUAGCGGCCCCAAGAUCAAGGACAAAGCGCUGCCUCUUAAGGGAAUGCAAUUCGUAAUAUUGAACUCGAUAAAAAAGAAAGCUGAUCUGACCCACGACAUAAUGAGUCUCGGAGGACAGGUUGUUGCGAAAAUAACUGAUAGUGUUGCAGCAGUAAUCGCCAAGCCAAAGUUCGUAGAAGAAGGCAAUUCGAAGAAAUUGGAUGAAGCUAGAAACGCUGAUAUUCAAGUAAUAUCAGAAGAUUUUGUCGACGAAGCAAAAGAUUAUACAGAUGCACCGAUUUCGUUGAUAACGAAAAAAAGCAUUUGCGAUUGGGGCAGUGAUCCGACGACGAGGGUCGCCAGCAGCAUGGCCAAAUCAGCUUCGAGAGGUAAGAGCGUUUAUGAGAAAUCUUCCUCUGGUAAAAUAAAGUUGACAGUAAAAGGCGGAGGCGCCGUUGAUCCAGACAGCGAAUUGGAAGGAAUAGCUCAUAUUCAUCAAGAUUCUGUUGGCAAGUACACCGCUGUGCUUGGCUUGACCGAUAUUCAAUUGAAGAAAAACAGUUACUACAAAAUGCAGAUCCUAAAACACGAUUUUCAAAAUAAAUAUUGGCUGUUUCGUAGCUGGGGCAGAAUUGGUACGACAAUAGGUGGCAAAAAGACCGAUUCAAUGAGUUUAUCGUCCUGCAUUAAAAAUUUCGAGGAAUUAUACGAGGAGAAAACCGGCAACGAAUGGUCCGCAAGAAAUCAAUUUAUCAAGAAACCUGGAAAAAUGUGCCCUAUUGACGUUGACCAUGGUGAGGAUGACGUCGAUCUCGGCAAAUUCGAUUCCGAACUUCAGAGCAACCUCAAGCCUGCUGUCCAAGAUCUCAUAAGGAUAGUAUUUGAUGUACAACAGAUGAAAAAAGUUAUGUUGGAGUUUGAACUUGAUACAGAUAAAAUGCCGCUGGGCAAACUGUCGAAAAAGCAAUUGCAACAAGCAUUUAAAGUCCUGACAGAGUUGCAGGAGAUCACGAAAAACGGCCAACCUGAGCGGAUCCAACUGAUCGAUUUAUCCAACAGAUUUUACACUCUGGUACCUCACUCCUUUGGCGUCAAAGAUGUACCGAUUCUCGAGACCCAGGAAGAUAUUAAAAACAAAUGCGACAUGCUUGAUGCCCUUCUCGAAAUGGAAAUAGCUUACAAUAUGUUGAACGUCAAGAACGAUGGCAAGAAAAAUCCUCUGGAUCUUCACUACGAACAACUCAACACCGAGAUCGAUGUACUCGACGAAAACAGCGAAGAGUACGAAGUCGUAAAACAAUACGUGAAAAACACGCACGCCGCGACUCACGGCUCGUACGAUUUGGAAAUUGGGCAGGUUUAUACGAUCAAGAGAUCCGGAGAGGAGCAACGUUUCAAACCCUUCAAAAAAUUACACAAUCGCAAAUUAUUGUGGCACGGUUCAAGGACCACCAAUUUCGCUGGCAUUUUGUCUCAAGGCUUGAGAAUUGCACCUCCCGAAGCACCGGUCACCGGUUACAUGUUCGGCAAAGGUAUUUACUUUGCUGACAUGGUAUCCAAAGCCGCUAAUUAUUGCUGCACCAACAGCUCAAAUUCCACCGGUUUAAUGCUCCUCUGCGAAGUCGCACUCGGCGAUAUGUACGAACGGAAACACGCAGAUUACAUCGAAAAAUUACCCAAAGGAAAACACUCCACCAAAGGACUCGGUAGUACUCAACCUGAUCCUGAAAAAGUUUAUAAGAUGAAAGACGGAGUUGAGGUCCCUUAUGGAUCUGGAGUUCCCGUCAAAUUUGACAACGGUGAACGACCCUCACUUUUGUAUAACGAAUUUAUCAUUUAUGAUGUUGCUCAGGUCAAAGCGAAGUACCUUAUCAAAAUGAAUUUCAAGUACAAAUACUAAUCGUCGUCGUAUCCUGAGUUCUGAUGGUUCCAUUCCUCAAAAUCUUUACACUCAAUAGCCACGUAUUUCAUGCUCAUCAAUUUUGUACUUCGUUUAUUACAAUUUAAAAAAUUUAUUCAUCUUUGAAACGUUGAUAUAUUUUUGCAAAUGAUAGUGCCUUGAAUGAGAAAUCGUUAACUUUUCACAAUUUUCGCAUAAACGUCUCUAAUUCAUUGUUCCUUUUUCCCGAUCCAAUCAGGUUUUUUCGUAACAGAUAUUUUUUAAUGUUUUAAUGGUUGUAGGUAUGGAAUAAAAAAACUGACUUGCAUUUUUUUAUUUUUCAACUUUGUAAUUUUGAGGCAUUUUCAUUGAAAGGAAUUAUAAUUCGUAACGUUCCAAAGAUGGUAUAACUGUUGAAACUUCAAAUAAAUUACCUAUACAGUAACCCCAACGGAAAACAUUUUGGAAAUGAGUGUUGAAAUAAUAAUUGCCCGAAAAAUCAGUUUGCUCGAUUAAUGAAUAUUAUAUAUUUUUAUGGCGUAUUGUUUAAGAAUUUACUGUUCGACUAUGUGAGCUGAGAGAAAAUGGUACAAGCCCUUGUUGAUAUUUUGUAGAGCAUGUUUUGCUCUUUCAUUAUUGAUGCCUAGUAGUAGAUCAUUAGUGAUUGAUCACUAAUGAUAUGCCCAAGUUUUACAAUAAUUAAGUUUUUCAUUGAUUAUUCAUUUGUCUCAUGACUUUCUGAGUUACCAAAAACUUAUGCAAUUCGAAAGAUUAUGCUUGUUCGGAAAAUUCACGUAGGGACUCGGAAAGUUGAUCUUCUACCUCGUUUAAUAUGUUACUUUUUUGGGUUUGUCAUCACUCUAUCGUUUAUUUAUCGUUUAAUAAACAAGUUUGUAUUAAA